ACCUCAGAAUUUCGGAAAUCAAAUCCCCAUUUUCGCCGUCUCUGUCCGCCGCCGUCGAGGAAAGAGAAACCUAACCGCCACCGGAAAAUGAAUUUCCGUUUCGCAACCCUCACAUUCCGGUCAAUCGUAUCCACCCGCCGCCAUCAUUUUCUCUCUUCGAAAUCCUUCGCCUCCUCCGCAGCUCCGACGUCCACACCGCCGUCAUCUACUUCCCCCCAACAAUACCCCCAAACAUUGGAUGGAUUGCGGAGGCGGCUAGCGGCCGAGUCGCCGGCGUUCGGAGACUUCAUACGGCUCCAGUCGGACAGCGAGUACUCCGUCGAAGUCGGCACGAAGAAGAAGCCGCUCCCCAAGCCAAAAUGGAUGAAGGAAGCAAUUCCCGGCGGGGAGAAGUACACGCAGAUCAAGAAGAAACUGAGGGAAUUGAAGCUCCACACUGUUUGCGAAGAGGCCAAGUGCCCUAAUUUGGGAGAAUGUUGGUCCGGCGGCGAAACGGGCACCGCCACCGCCACCAUUAUGAUUCUCGGUGAUACUUGCACUCGAGGUUGCAGAUUUUGCAAUGUGAAGACUUCUCGAACUCCACCUCCUCCUGACCCAAAUGAGCCAUCCAAUGUGGCGGAGGCAAUUGCUUCGUGGGGAUUGGAUUAUGUUGUGAUUACCAGUGUGGAUCGUGACGAUUUGCCUGAUCAAGGAAGCAGCCAUUUUGCUGAGACAGUAGAGAAGCUCAAGGCAUUGAAGCCAAAUAUGCUCAUAGAAGCACUAACUCCUGAUUUUCGAGGGGACCAUAGUUGUGUUGAAAAGGUUGCCAAAUCUGGAUUGGAUGUUUUUGCUCAUAACAUUGAGACAGUUGAGGAGCUUCAGAGUGUUGUACGCGAUCACCGUGCUAACUUUAAGCAGUCCAUGGAUGUCUUAGUAAUGGCCAAGGAAUAUGCACCUGCUGGUACACUGACCAAGACAUCGAUAAUGUUGGGAUGUGGAGAAACGCCUGAUCAAGUUAUUAAAACAAUGGAGAAGGUGAGGGAAGCAGGUGUUGAUGUAAUGACAUUUGGGCAAUACAUGAGACCCUCAAAGCGUCACAUGCCUGUGUCAGAAUACAUAACUCCAGAAGCUUUUGAGAAGUAUCAAGUUCUUGGAAUGGAAAUGGGAUUCCGGUAUGUGGCAUCUGGACCCAUGGUUAGGUCGUCGUACAAGGCAGGCGAGUUUUACAUAAAAUCCAUGAUAGAAUCAGACCGUGCUGCAUCUUCAGUGUAACAUCCAGUUUUCGUACAAUAGAAUUUACUGCUUCAGUGGUUUGCUUUAUGUGCUCCCCAAAUUGUGUGGUCUACUUUUGGUGCAAGCCAUUCAAUCUUUAUCUUCCCAUCUCAAGCAAGAAUCACAGCAGAGUGUGAGGCAAUGGGAAAACAUUAUUUGUACUACAUCAAGCAAGAAUCACAGCAGAGUGUGAGGCAAUGGGAAAACAUUAUUUGUACUACAUCUUACUUGUACAUAUGAUUGUUGGUUGAUGUAAUUAUAAUGUUUUGGAUAUUGCAAUUUGAUCAUUGUUCAAUUGUGUAAAGACCUUCCAUUUCAUACCUGGAAUGUUCAAUAUGAUUGGGAACAACAAAGCACUCAGUUUGAUGCUGUCA